CUCUAUUUUGAAGAUGCACUUUAAUUCCAUCUUUUUCUCCUCUCUCAUCUAACUUAGCUAUAUAAUUGUCCUCCGUCGGCCGUUUGAUUUCCUCCCCCUUCACCUCAAUCGCUCUCUCCCUUCUUCGGCAUCUUCGCUUUUCCCUACUCCCCCUCUCCGCUCCGAUCGACUUCCAUCCCUUCACCCUGCGCGAUAUCGCAGUUUCCUCCUUCACGGAUUCGCGUGGAAGUCGGGAGGACCUUUGGUUAGGGUUAGGGUUCAGGCACCACCGGAGGCCGGAGCGGACGCAAGACCUUCCAAUUUCGGCCUCUGGAAUGAAAUGGAGGAGGAGAAGAAGGUCGGUCAUGGAGAGCAGAACGGGCUCAAUGUAUCCCGCUCCAAAUCGAUCUGCGAGACCGUGAACGGGUCGCACGAGUACACCAUCAAGGGGUUCUCGCUGGCCAAGGGGAUGGGACCGGGGAAGUACUUGUCUAGCGAUACCUUCCAGGUGGGGGGUUUCCAGUGGGCUAUUUACUUCUUCCCCGACGGGAAGAACCCCGAGGAUAACUCCCUCUACGUGUCGGUCUUCAUCGCCCUCGCCAGCGAAGGUACCGACGUCCGGGCACUCUUCGAGCUCACCAUGCUCGACCAGAGCGGAAAGGGCAACCACAAGGUGCACAGUCAUUUUGAGCGGGCGCUGGAGGGUGGGCCGUACACGCUCAAGUAUAGGGGGAGUAUGUGGGGAUAUAAGAGAUUUUACAGAAGAACAGCUUUAGAAACAUCAGACUAUCUGAGGGAUGAUUGUUUGGUCAUGCAUUGCACAGUGGGUGUUGUUAGAAAUCGUAUUGAAACACCAACUCAGUUUUCCAUCAAUGUACCAUCAUCAGACUUAGGUCAAUGCCUAAAGGAGUUACUAAAAUCUGGCAUUGGCUCUGACAUAGUUUUCCAGGUUGGGGAUGAAACAUUUCAAGCACACAAGAAAAUUCUUGCUGCUCGCUCUCCAGUAUUUAAUGCUCAAUUCUUUGGUCUUAUUGGGAAUCCUGACGUGGAUAAAAUAGUUGUAGAUGAGGUGGAACCUCCUGUGUUCAAGGCCAUGCUUAGUUUUAUAUAUUCUGAUGAACUUCCUGAUGUUGAUGAAUUAACUGGUUCAGUUUCUAUGUCGACAUUCACAAUAAUCAUACAACAUUUAUUGGCUGCCGCUGAUAGAUAUGGUCUAGAGAGGUUGAGGUUGUUAUGUGAAGUGAAAUUGUGUGAUGGGAUCACUGCAGAUACAGUAGCAACAACCUUGGCUCUUGCAGAACAACACCAAUGUGUUCAACUGAAAAAUGUGUGUCUCAAAUUUAUUGCUGUCCGAGAGAACUUGGGAGCUGUGAUGCAGACUGAAGGAUUCAACUACUUGGAGGCCACAUGCCCAUCUGUGCUCGCGGAGCUCUUGGAAACGGUCGCAGAUGAUGACUCUGUUUCAGCCUGCCGAAAGAGGAGUGCUAGCAGCAACCAAGGGCUCAAUUACCUGGACAGUGUUGAUGUGAGCGGGAAACGAUCCAGACGGGUGUAGUUACCUGUUUAUAUAACCAAGUAUGCAUUUAAAACUGCAUGAUAUGGUCACAGCCUCCUAGAUAGCAAUUCUAUUUUUCUUCUUAUCUUUCAAGUUGUGAGGUUUCUUCACUGACUUUUGUCUAUAUUGAACUUUAGUUGGUUGGAAACUGCAUUGUCUGAUAAUGAUUCGACAAGCUGUGGCAUAAAAAAAAAAUUGAGAGAAAUUGCUUCUAGGGCAUCUUUGCAAUUGGAAAUUGUAUCUAAUGAAAUUAUUGUAGAAGAUGGCUCUUAUUUUUUACUGUGGCAUAAAAAAAUUGAGAGAAAAUGCUUCUAGGGCAUCUUUGCUUGGAAA